CGGCCUUUUACGUUUACUACACGGCAGAAGCACACAGCUGCUCUUAUAGAAGGACAGAUGCGCAUCAUGUUGAUGUUGUUUAUAACGUUACCUGAUGUGAGAAAGUGCGGUCCAACGAUGGUCGAGUAACUGACCUCACAUUUUCCCUCUGAUUUCGCGCCCCACCUCUUUCACACACAGCAUUAAUAGGCCAGUUCUCCUCCUCCUGACCUAGUGAGAGACAAGACAACACUGUCAAGAUUUGGACAGAAUGGGAUAUGCGCACUGCUGUACCGUGCUCCUUAUAGUAUUCAUUGCGCUACAGCAAUCUGCUGGAUUUUGGCUCUUCGAUGUGGUAUUCCCACCAAGUGCCAAACCGCAAAACAAAGUGGCAAACAAUAGCACUCCGCCGGUUCUUAUAGUACCUGGGAACCUAGGAAACCAGCUUGAGGCCAAGAUUGACAAGCCAAGCCUUGUGCAUUGGAUGUGCUACAAAAAGACAGAUGACUUUUUCACACUUUGGAUUGACCUGAAUAUGUUCAUGCCAAUUGGGCUUGACUGUUGGAUCGAUAAUAUAAGAAUUGUAUACAAUAGGACAACUCGCAAGACCUCCAAUUCUGCAGGGGUGACGGUGAGAGUGCCUGGUUUUGGACAGACCUAUUCUGUUGAGUUCUUGGACACAAACAAGUUGUCAGGAUAUUUUCACACUAUGGUUACACAUUUGGUCAACAUGGGAUAUGUCCGUAAUGAGACUGUCCGAGCAGCACCAUACGACUGGAGGGUAGCUCCAAACGAGCAGGAGGAAUACUUUGCACGACUGAAGAAGCUGAUUGAGGAUAUGUACGAGCAGUAUCAACAACCACUUUACCUCUUGGGACACAGCAUGGGAAGCAAUUAUGUCCUCUACUUCUUAUAUCAGCAGACCCAGACUUGGAAAGACCAAUACAUCAAAGGCUUUAUUUCACUUGGAGCACCCUGGGGUGGGGCAGUCAAGCCUAUUCGAGUGCUAGCAUCAGGUGAAAAUGAUGGCAUCCCAAUGGUAUCCAACAUCAAGAUCCGGGAGGAGCAACGCAUGACCACAACAAACCCCUGGAUGCUUCCAUUUGAAGAGGCAUGGCCUGCAGACCACGCCUUCAUCUCCACACCCUCAUUCAACUAUACCCACCAGGACUACCAGCGCUUCUUCAAAGACAUCGACUUUGAGGAUGGCUGGUUCAUGUGGGAAGACACCAGAAACCUGACAGCUGGUCUGCCCCCUCCUGGUGUUGAGGUAUACUGCUUCUAUGGUGUGGGGCUGCCCACACCGGUUACCUAUAUUUAUGACGACCAGUUCCCAAAUGUAGACCCUAUAGACUAUGUGUAUGCUGAUGGGGAUGAUACAGUGGACAGUCUUAGCAUGAGUUUAUGUAAGCGUUGGAUAGGAAAGCAAGCACAGCCUGUCUAUGUCAAGGAGUUCAGGGCCAUGCCCCACUUGGAAAUAGUAUUCAAUAGCAAGGUGCUCAACGUGGUCCAGAGUAUCCUGGAAGGAAGAUAUGGAGAAGAGGAUUCUACAUUCCAUGAGACUGAUGAACGUCCCAUUGACUCUGCAGUCAUGCAAGAUCAAGUCCAGCCGGACAAGGCUCCCAAAUCUACACUGUAAGCUUUUGGGGAGAAAAUAAUUCACUCUCCCAAUGUACAUACGAUUACUGAUGUAGUAGCUACUGAGUUGGACUUACACACUGAGUGUACAAAACAUUAAGAACGCCUGCUCUUUUCAUGACGUAGACUGAACAGGGGAAUCCAGAUGAAAGCUAUGAUCCCUUAUUGAUGUCACUUGUUAAAUCCACUUCAAUCAGUGUAGAUGAAGGUGAGGGUUAAUUAAAGGAUUUUUAAGCCUUGAGACAUGGAUUGUGUAUGUGUGCAACUCAAUAUUAGUUGUUCCUAAUGUUUGGUAUACUCAGUGUAUAUGUACACACAUCCUAACUAGUAUUACUAAUGAGAAGUGAUAUAGUAUGCAUAUGCCUCUUGUUUCAUUAUGCUUAUCUUUUCCUCUUAGCAUGAUAGGAAAUCAAAAAAUAAAUAUGUAUUUGGUCAGUGUACGUUUCCUUAUUUUGAUUUGAGUCAAAACAGUGGAAAAACAAACGGCUAAAAACAUUUUUGAAUUAAAAAAAAUAAAAUCAUAAAUUGACUUGUUUUCCCAUCUAUUGUGUCAAAAUUGGACAUGGAAUAAUGGCAAACAAAUAACAACAAAUUGUAUUAUGUUUUUUUUUUUUCAUACACAGAAGUACACACCCCCUCAGAGUAUUCACAGGGUUGGGGAGAGGGUGGGGUUUAACAGCCUAUGUUGGCAGCUAAAAGAAAGGAUUAGACUGAAAAAGAUCAAAUAAUAAUGUUAGCUAACAUGCAGAACUUAUUAUGAAGUUCGCAUGCCAAUAGCACGAACUUAAUAACAACUGAACAAAGUUGGCUUGGACUAGCUGGCUAGCUAGCACUAGCCCUACCUGGUUACUGGAUAUAGUCAUGCUAGAUAGUAGUAGCUAGUGGAAGUAAGUUGGUCCCUUCACUUGCAACAAGAUGAAGCUGCCCAGUUAGAGCUAACUGCUGCAGAAAUGUCAGACUCCUCCAAUACUUAGCUAGCCCUUCUGUUGGCUAAUAGUCAAACACUAAGUAAUGAUGAACAGCAGUUACUGUAAAUGGAUACCUUAUCUGGCACGUUGCAUAGCUAUUGCUAAAUGGGCAAAUAGUUAAAGUUCUAAAGGGAAAAUAAACAUAAAUAUGGGUUGUAUUUACAAUGGUGUUUGAUCUUCACGGAUUGCCCUUUUCUUGUGGCUACAGGUCACAAAUCUUGCUGCUGGGAUGGCACACUGUUGUACUUCACCCAGUAGAUAGGGGAGUUUAUCAAAAUUGGAUGUGUGUAAUCUGAGGGAAAUAUGUGUCUCUAUGGUCAUGCAUUUGGCAGGAGGUUAGGAAGUGCAGCUCAGUUUCCACCUCAUUUUGUGGGCAGUGUGCACAUAGCCUGUCUGCUCUUGAGAGCCAGGUCAGACUACGGCGGCCUUUCUCAAUAGCAAGGCUAUGCUCACUGAGUCUGUACAUAGUCAAAGCUUUCCUUAAGUUUAGGUCUGUCACAGCGGUCAGGUAUUCUGCCACUGUGUCCUCUCUGUUAAGGCCAAAUAGCAUUAUAGUUUGCUCUGUUUUUUUGUUAAUUCUCAAGUUGUUUUGCUGUAGACACCAAUCCCAUGUUGCCAGAUCAACUACUUUAUCCCCUAAUACUAAACUUUGCUCACUCUUAUUAAACUGCCUUUUGAUUAUAUCGGUUUAUUUCAAUGUUUAAAUUUGCUUCAAGUGUGUUUUUUUACUAAAAGUUGACAGAUGGCACUUGUAUGGAGGAGUGUGGGUGGCGGGAGAGAGUGGAUACAUGUUCGUUUUUAAGAAACUCCCUCUCCCCUUAUAUCCCCUCCUUCUCUUGAUGAGUAAUAAAAGUAAAUGUAAUUGCUGCAUUUUACCUGUGAACCAAAAUCUAAUAAAAUUGAAGACAAAAUGAGA